ACGCCGCGACGCAGCCGAUCCGCAUCUCCCAUUCUCCCCGCUGUUUGAAUUGUACGGAAUUGGCGAAGCUUCGAGCAAGACGACGGCUUGCAUCCGCAGGUGCCUCGCCAGCGAGGGUUUUAGAUCCCUCUCUCUCUCUCUCUCUCUCUCUCUCUCUCUCCUGGAGUUGUCGAAAUCAUCGGGUUGCAAGGCAACAUUCGUCCCUUAAUUGGUGUUUUUUUUGGCGGGAAUUUGAGCUGUUCAUGAUCGGUGGAGAGAGGGGGAGACUUGAGAGGAAAAGAGCGAGGUGUUUGUUCGAUUGGAGACGGAGAAAGAAUCAAAGAAGGGGGAAAUUGUGAAGGAGAAGGACCGAGGAAGAAGAAAUGAAGGUUUCUGAUAAUAUGCGGGGGCUGAUUUUAGCGGUUGUGUCGAGUGCGUUCAUUGGUUCGAGCUUCAUCUUGAAGAAGAAAGGCCUCAAGCGUGCUGGUGCGGCUGGUACUCGGGCAGGAGUUGGAGGUUACACUUACCUACUAGAGCCCCUUUGGUGGGCAGGCAUGGUGACAAUGCUUGUUGGCGAGGUUGCAAAUUUUGUUGCUUAUGUUUAUGCUCCAGCAGUUCUAGUGACGCCCCUUGGUGCUCUAAGUAUAAUUAUUAGUGCCAUUUUGGCACACUUCAUGUUGAAGGAGCGGCUGCAGAAAAUGGGUAUUCUGGGAUGUGUGUCCUGUAUAGUGGGCUCUGUGGUGAUUGUUAUCCAUGCACCUCAGGAGCAUACACCGAACUCCAUGUUGGAAAUAUGGACUCUGGCAACUCAACCAGCAUUUUUAGUUUAUGUAGCAGCUACGCUGUCAACAGUUUUAGCUUUGAUAUUGCACUUCGAACCUCGCUAUGGGCAGACAAACAUACUGGUCUAUGUAGGAAUUUGUUCUUUAGCGGGUUCACUUACGGUCGUAAGCAUAAAGGCUAUUGGAAUCGCAAUAAAGCUUACGCUGGAAGGGAUUAGUCAAAUAGCAUACCCUCAAACUUGGUUUUUCCUUACAGUUACAGCAAUCUGUGUCAUCACUCAAUUGAAUUACCUAAACAAGGCUUUGGAUACAUUCAAUACGGCAAUUGUUUCUCCAAUAUAUUAUGUGAUGUUCACGACUCUGACUAUUAUUGCAAGUGCAAUAAUGUUCAAGGAUUGGGCAGGUCAGGAUGUGAGCAGUAUUGCAUCUGAGGUAUGUGGAUUCAUCACUGUGCUUUCAGGAACAAUCAUCCUGCACGGAACAAGAGAACAGGAACCAGCUGCUGCGCCUCCAGCAGGAUCUCUAACAUGGUACAUUAGUGGGGAAUCGAUCAAAAGUAUCGAGGAUGACCAUUUUAUCAUUUUAUCUGAUUCAGAUAACUUUGAACGAUAAAAAUCUUUGUUGAGGUCGAUGUGCCAACCUGACCUCUGAACAAUGUAGCUGCACCGCGAUUUGCUUGAGGCUCCUGUGCUUGCAGGGUGAAAAUCUUUCUUAUUUUUUGGCAUGCAUGGAGGUUCCAGAAUGGAUUCGAACAAGACUUCUGUUGCACCCUGUUUUCGAAAGACUGCUGAACAAGACUGAGACUGGAGAUCGGAAUUGCUAAUUAGUUAUUCUCAAGCCGGAGAGGAGUUUACAGUAUUGGAUAUUCUGCGGCAGAAUUCAAUUUUUGCUGGUGAAAUUUGUACAUAACUUUGUGUUUUGUAUCAAAUAACUAUAUAUUUCAAGAGGUUUCAAUUCUGUUUGAUUUUGAUAUAUUCUUUCUUUCUUUUCUUUUCUUUUCCCAAAAUUUAUUUUGUAACAAUUCCUUUGUAUAUGAGUUGAGUUAACAUUAACUAUGCGGCAAAUACCGGAUGUGUAAUAGAGGAGUUCUUUUGUUUCUGAGGCC